AUGUUUCCGUUACCGUCUGCCAUCUUCAAAACUAAGAGCUAUCAGGAUCUGCGUGGCAGCUUCCGCAAUCGCGCUCCAUACACUAAUAGCGACAAUGCUGCCAUCACGGGCAAUCUCCCACAAUCCACAAUCAUCGAUUAUGCCUACAAGGAUAGCACCGACCCAGAAGUCGUCAAGCAGGCUCAGCCAGUAGACACCCCAGACGAAACCAUCACCGCACUCCCAGAACGCCGCCCAAGGCACAAAAUCAGUACCUUCUUCGGUUCCCACAGCCCAGCUACCGAAACCCAGCCAGCUGUCGCGACCGACGAGAACCAGCGCUCAGAAAAGAUAUUAGCCUUGACGAAAUUGGGCGACUUCUUUAAAGGUCUAUUCAAGAGCGCGAGAUUCAGGAGGAAAAAGACGGCGAAGGAGAGGAGGCCGCCAAUCCAGAUCGGCAGCCCCUAUAACUUCCGCCACCAUGCCGGCGAAGGGCCGGGUCCGCUGAGACCUUCCAGGAUCCAGCUAAUCAGGGAGGAGAGGGGGGAGGGGGAUAGUGAGUGGGAGGACAUGGAGGAUGAGUAAGCCGCUUGGAAACGGGUUUCUGGGGAAGGUUUGGAAGACGGUAUUUCAAGGAUUUCGAAAAUGGAUUGUAUACUAGCUGCAAAUUGGGGUCUGCAGGCCUUCGAGGUGGCUUGAGAGAGUUGAAAGGUCUUCUGGGCUUCAAAUUCGGUUUUUU